AUGCCGCGGUGGCGGCGGGCCUUUGGCGGCGCCGCCGCUCGAUGCGGCCUGGUGGCUCUGGGGCUGCUGGAGGACCUGGGGCGCUGCGGGGGCAGCGAGGCCCAGGCCCCCGGCGACCUGCUCUCCUGCGACUGGGACGCGGGCUGGGCCAGCUUCCGGCGCCGCCUGGAGGAGAACGCGCGGCUCGGCUUCCCCCUUGACGAGGAGCUGGCGCUGGGCGCGCAGGAGCUGCUGCACGAACAUCAGGACGCGCUCAACCCCGACCCCGAGGCCGCCUACGGGGCCUCCCCUGGCAUGGGCCUGCGGCCGCCCCCCUUCUGCCUGUACGGCGCCGUCUCGGCGCUGUGGGUCGUGGCGCGCUCGGGGCACCCGGACCGGGAGCACCUGCUGGGCGUCGCGCAGUUCUUGCUCGGCUCAACGAUUCGGGGCACCCUCGACUUCAUGGAGGGCUCGGGCUGGCCGCUCUCCUCGGUGGACGUGCUGGCCAACCUGCAGCGCCCCGCCGAGCGCUUCCGGCUGCCGGCCGAGCUGCGGGUCGAGAUCUCGCACCGCAACUUGGUCCAGGACCAGUACCCCAGGUGGCUCCCGGACAAGUGCGACACGCUGUACAGGUACGAGGGGCUGACGUGCGACACCGUCCAGGAUGACAUCACCGAGCUGUUCCGCCGGAGGAUUCCCCACAGCGCGGUCUCCAAGGAGCCGAUCGAGUUUAUGAACAGCUUCGCCGAGGAGUUUGCUGCCGUUGCAGGCGACAGGCUGAUCGGCGUGGAUGUCUUCUUGUGCACGGUGCCCUAUCUGUGCUUGCUGGUUGCAGACCUCCACACGCCAGUGCUGGGCUAUUUUGGGCACCCGCUGUUGUUCCUGGUGCCAGCCUCCGCACGAGAGAGCUUCUGGUCGCGCUUCGUGGCCAUGGCGGCGAGCGACUCCUUCGGCCUCGCUGUGAGCGACCCCUUCUUGCAGAUGCAGUACGAGUACCAGGUCGGGGCCCCAAGGCUGCCCGCCAUCCGAACGCACGCGCUAUACACAGAGGCCGUGCACUUCCCAGUCAGGGACGGCGAGGUGCUCGUGAUGGACCGGCCGCACGAGUCGGUGCUGAUGUGCAUGAUCCAGCACUUGCUGCCCGCUGCCACGGAUGCCAACCCGGAGGAGCUCGACUGGCCCCUCGGGGACGGCAGGCUGCGCGCGGCUGGGAGCCAGUCGUACCCGUACCGCUUCGUCACGCGGUCGUUGACCGACAAGCGGUUCAGCACGUUCGCCGGUUUCCGGGCAGUGGUGUUGUGGGCCUACGACAUGGACCUCAUCACGUUCUACGAGUUCUACAGCAUGAACAUGCCGCUCUUCAUGCCGUCGCAUCUGCCGAAGUAUGUCUUCCAGCAGGGCCACAUGCAGUACGACGGCCGCUGGGCGGGGCGCCGGGCCGAGGCCGGGGUGCCGCCCAUGUGGCCCCCAGAUGCCGAAACCUCACCCUUCAACGAGACCUCCAUCGACGCCGUGCGGCUCAUUGCGGGCUUUACGGACUAUUUUCGUUUCCCAGACGUCCAGCGCUUCGAGUCCAUCCCAGACCUCCUGAGCCGCCUCCCGGGCACGGACUUCAACGGCGUCGUGCAGUCCAUGGCGCGCUUCAACCGCGACUCUCUGGUCGAGAGCGCGGGUGCCUGGCGCCGCCUGCUGCGGAAGGCCUCGGGCUGGGACGCGGAGCUGCUGCCUACGUCCACGUUGGCCUUCCACCAGGCCAAGUUCCAGAAGUUGUGGGACAAGAGGAAGCAGGCUGCCCUCUGGCCGGUGGCACUCGCCGCCCGUCCUCACAGCUUUGGCGCCACGAUGGCCCCGACGCGCAAGGAGAACAAAGUGGCGUCGCAGCCCAGUGUCUCGGCCAAGCAGCAGUCGCUCGCGGCCAAGGUCAAGGAGCUUGAGGCGCUGCUCACCAAGCUCCGCGAGCAUCCCCCUGGGCAUGGGCCAGCGGCUACGGGAACAACGGGCGCGAGCCCACCAUGGGCUGCUGCGCCAGGGGAUGCCGACACGGUCAAGCGGAACAGGACCAAGAUGCUGGAUCAGUUGCUGCGUGUCACUACUGACCCUGCUGAUGCUGAUACUGUGGCCAAAUGGCGCGAAGAGCGGGCGAAGCUGGACGCCGAGCUCUUUCAAGACAGGCCCAUCGAGCAUCAGGCCAGGUCUUUGGCGCCAAGAUUGUCUGCUGCCCGUUCGCGACAGGCUACCAUUCAGGCCACCCGCGAUGAGCAGCAGAAGAAGAUUGACGAGCUCACUCGUGGCCUGGCCGACACGGACUCCAAGCUGCAAGAGGCCACUGCUGAGGUCCUCCGCCUGGAGCAGCAGACCCGCACCGCCAUGUCGCGAGUCCAGCCGCCCGAGGGCACGCAGCCACCGUCGCUUGCGGACCUGUUGCCCUCUUUCGCGGUCAGUGUGGAGCAGCUGGGCAAGGUCGCAACAGGCCUCGGCCUCGGCGCCGACAUGGUCAAGGAGCUGCAGGCCAUGGCCGACACGGUCAGUAAGCUGCAGAACUUGCCCCAGGAGAGCGACACCCCCGACAUUGUGCGCGAGAAGUUCAAGCGUUUCCAGCAGAGCUACCUGGACACUGUGGCCAAGAAGUGCCAUGACCUCGGCUGGGACUACGGCGCCCGCAUUAUUUCCCCCACUGGCCCGCUCUUCGGGGUGGGGGGGGGCAGCUCCGACCCUGACCGCGGCUCCGCCUACGUCGGUUGCGCCCGCAGCUGGGUCCUCGGCGUCUACGGCGUCACAGAGGGCUACUCCGCGUACGCCUACGCGGUUGGCCCCUGGCAGCACGCACUGCUCACCGACCUCACCUUCGGGGAGCGGCGGCAGAGGGCGCCGACCGUCUUCGGACGGCACGCACCGCUCACCGCCCUUGCCCACGGAGAAUCCAGGAACCUGAAGCUGGUGCGCGUGCAGGCGCAGUUCAGGCUUGGCGAGUUUCAGGCCAGGGCCUUGGACGCUGGAUGGCAUGGACUAUGGGCCCCGUCGCCCUCUACUGGUGACUCUGCUACGUCCAACUUCGGAGGGGUCGCGGUACUCGUGCCGACGUACAUUAUGGUCCCGGCCCCACCCGACGACGGGCACAUUAUCUACCCUGGACGAGCAGUUUGUGCCCAGAUCAACUGGGGAGUUGCUGGUGGUAUCAUCGUCGCCAGCGUUUACCUUGUCACGCCCAUUGACAUCUCAGGCGAAAACAUCGAGGUGCUGUGGGCCCUGGCCCAGAGAGUGGCAGCAUGGAACUCUCGGGGCCUCGACUGGAUUCUAGGCGGCGACUGGAACGCCGACAUCGAUGCGCUCAAUGUUCGCAACUGGGUCGAGACCAUGGCAGCCAUCCACUAUGUGCCCGACCAGCACACCUGCAUCACUGACGAGGGCAAGAGCACCAUAGGCUAUUUUGUCGUCUGUGCCAACUUAGCGUCUCGCAUCAAGGGCAAGCCCGAGGUCCAGUAUGACUCCAAGGUCGUGCCGCCGCCGCACUUCCCUGUGGAGCUGCAGCUCAUGGGAGAGGAUCGCCCCACGUGGUGCCGUGUCCCUGUGGAGCCGCGCCCUUUUGCGGUGGUGCCGCCCGUCGGCUGCGCCAGGUAUCCCUACCCGUGGCAUAUGAUCCAGUCGGAGUUCCAGCAGGUCAGCAGUGUCGAUGACCUGAGCUCGCUCUGGGACUCCGUGCUGCGCGGGGUGGGCUACGAGCUGGCAGGGCGAUGCGACUGCGUAGGCGCCAAGGCCAUGCAGUACAUCGGACGCGAGGGGCCGCCGCAGUUCAAGUGGCAGCUCCUGUCAUGGCAGCCGCCGCGCAGGCGUACCUACAAAGAGCCGUCCGUGCUGGCUUGGGCCACGGCGAGGCGCUGGGCCCAACGCCUUGUGGCCGAGAAGAAGCGGCUUGUGAGGUACAUCGAGCGCCUCAAGUUGUGCGCCGCCAUCUGCGCCAUCACGCCGCUGCAGUGCACCGAGGUUGUCGUGGCCUUCAAUGAGGUGGCUGCAUUCUAUGGGCGCGUGGCUCGGUCAGAGCAGUACGUGUCGCCCGUCUUGCGGGAGGUGUCCAACCUGGCCCGAGCGGCCAAGGCGUUCACUGCUGAUGCUGGUGAUCUUGGGAUGGUCCUGAAGCCGCCGAAGUCUGGAUGUAUCCCUGGGUCCCAAAAGGUUUGGGGGCAGCUCAAGAGGCACUUGGGAACCUUGAAGAUCCCGUACAGGGCCCAUAUGAGGAACUUGGGUCACGAGCUCACAGGACCUCGAGUUCUUCGGCGUACGGAGAAGCGUAGGCUGGUGCAGUUUCGUGAGCGCAAGCAUCGUUUUCGCAUGUUGAAGUCCGCCUGGCGCAUGGCGGAGCAGUUGUUGGAGUUAGUGACAGCGCCCUUCGUGAGUUGCGACAUUGUGCUGCUGUCCUAA